AUGCGCUUCCGUCCAUGCAUUGACAUCCACGCUGGCGAGGUGAAGCAGAUCGUGGGCUCGACGCUCACAGACGAGACUGGCAAAGGGCCCGUGACGAACUUUGUGUCUUCUCAGAGUGCUGGAGACUUUGCGCGGAUGUACAAGAGAGACGGACUUGUAGGAGGUCAUGUGAUUAUGCUGGGCACGUCCGAAGCCAAUACGAAGGCAGCUUUAGAGGCGCUGCAAGCCUAUCCAGGAGGACUCCAAGUGGGCGGAGGCAUCACUGCGGACAAUUGCCAGUUUUUCGUGGAAAAGGGUGCGAGUCACGUGAUCGUCACGUCCUACGUGUUUCGUGAUGGCCAGAUCGACUUUGAUCGGCUGGAGAAACUCAAGCAACUUCUCGGCAAGGAACAUUUGGUACUGGACUUGAGCUGUCGCAAGAGGGAAGAGGAUAACAAGUUCUACGUCAUGACUGAUCGCUGGCAGAAGUUCACGACGACGUCUAUCGAUGAAGCACUGUUUCACCGCCUUGCUGAAUAUUGCGACGAGUUUCUAGUGCAUGCUGUGGACGUCGAAGGCAAGCGGUGCGGCAUUCAGCAAGAGCUUGUGGAACUGCUGGCGCAGUGGAAGACCCUCCCCAUUACAUACGCUGGUGGUGCUAGCUCCUUGGAUGAUCUGGAUUUUGUGGACCUUAUCGGCAAUGGCAAGGUGGACCUGUCAAUUGGAAGUGCGCUUGACAUCUUUGGUGGCGACAUUCGCUACGUCGAUGUGGUUGCCUGGGACAAGAAACGUGCAACCGACACGGCUUCGUCUUAG